AUGCUUAUCGUGAUAUUAGCUGAUUUAUUGAUAAUCGUAAUUUUUUUAGUUCCAACCAAAAAAAUAUCUUCUGACUCAACACCAAUCAGCACACCAGACAGAAAAAUACCAGCUGCUAACUCAGAUACACCUUGUUCUGCCCGACGAGUUUUGGGGAGUAUAGAACGUUCCAUUCAAAAAGUAGUUCAUGUACUAACACCAAGAAAAAUUGAAGAUUCUUUUUCUAUUUGUCCAGCUGUUCUAACAAACAAAGAAUUGUUUAAUGUAUCGACAACACAAUGUAGCGAUCCAGAAUUUGUAAUUGCUGAGCUUACAAAAGCUUUAGAAAAGAAAGGUGUGUUGUGUAAACGAAAGGGUUUCAUCUUAAGAGGGAAGUUAGAAUCGUGUCCCAAACAAAACCUGGGGGAAUGUUCCUUCGAACUACAUAUAUGUUAUCUACCAGAUCUCAGUGUACAUCCUCACCAGUCUACAAGUACAACACCAACCAAAUCGAUUUUGAAGAAAGCCAUUAGCAGCACUCCACUGAAUACUCGAAGAAAUAAAGAAAAUCAAACCACUGGUUUUGUCGGUAUAAGAAGAAAACGUCUUCGAGGUGAUUCGUGGUGCUACAAGAAAGUUUGCGAAGAAGUUCUAGCAUUAACUUCUAAGGAGUUCGCCGCGUUUUCAGAAUCAGCUGUUUAAUGUUUAUAUAAUACGUAUUUAUAUUUUUUAUUAGUAAAAGAUUUACUAACGAACUUUCGGUUUUAUCGGCAUUAUUCCGAAAUUAAUUAAUGAAAUACGUAGUCAAAUAUAAAACAGUUUAAACAUAAUAUAUUUAUAUAUAAUUUUACUCAUCUCUUGUCGACCAUCUGUGGUAAGAGCUAAAUCUGAUUUAAUUCUGAAUGGUAUCGGUAUUUUUUACAGAUAUACCUCAUACAAAUGUCUUUCACCAUAUCUUCUUGAUGGUAUUCACCUUCUUCUUCCUUACUUCCUCUUACCUUGAAAAUUGAGUGAUUCAUAUUUCUACGUUGAAUGUGCUCAAACCAUUUUGAAAUAUCCUCAAUGCUAACUUGUAUUUGAUGCAUUUGAUAGGCUGCUAAAAAUGUUCCGGAAGAGUACGUUACAUGAAACGUUUGCAGCCUUAAACCUACCACAUUAAGUAAUCCUUUACUACAUUCGCGAUAUGUGCACUAGCAUUGUUGUUCCCAAUUUAAUUCGAACCAACGAAGGAUGCAUUUGGUAUAAUGUGAUUUACUAAUCAGUUGUAAUUAUACCUUUGUUCUUUUAUGCGCAAAGUUUAAACUUUUACGACGAUAUUCUGCUAACAGAACUUUUCACCGUUUCUUCCUGUAUACAUUGCGCUUAAAUUUAUACUCCUAUAUAUUAUAUUUAUAUAAAAAAAGAACUUCUCUUGCUGUGCUUAUUUUUCUUUUAUUUGAUUUUUUGUUGACAUUUCUCCGCCGUAAUCAUGUUUUAAGGUGUACAUCAAUUCGCCAUAUCACCAAAUACUAUUGAUUGUAAUACAUCCAACUCCCACAGAAAUCUGGAAGCACGUUGCCACUAGCGCCACUGUCGGCUUGAAGUGAAACUACGUUUUGAAAAUGUAAAAUUUGACGUAAACAUUAAAAUUUAAUUUUAUAAAUUUUUGAAUAACGAGCUAAUUUUGCUAAAUUAAAUUAAAAUAAAAAUAGUUCAAACACUUAUACAAAAACAAUAAUAAAGCAAUUUUAUAAAUGUAAGGUUAGAUUGCUCUGGUUAUCACCGCACGCCACUAGAUGGCGCUAUAUUAUUUGCUUCCUCAAAUGUAAUGGGAAAUGUCAAGAGUUGUAUGUAUUAUAGUCAAUAGUAUUUGAUAUCACUAAAUAUUUAAUUUUAAAAGUUCCAUCCAUAUAUAGUUCGGAUAAGGAACUCAUAGCACGGCAAACAAGAAACAAUCCUAUCUACUUAACCACCGAGAUUUAAUGAAUUUAACUGAGUAGUUAACUUCAUCACUUUUUUGGAUAAUAUGCAAGUAGUUAUUUGAAUUAAUUAGUAUCUGAACAUAAUUUUCAUAAUCCAAUUUAUUCCAUUAUUUUCAUUUGAAUAUUCCUUAUUUGUUAGCAUUGUUCUAGUUCCGUUCAUCAUAAGCUUUUCAUUGUAUUCAGCUCAUGGCAUCUCACAUAACUUUUAUUACAUUAUCCAACAAUGUGUUUUAAAGAAAUUUUACACUUUUAUUUCACAAACGCUUCCUGAAAUUUCAGUUUCAACGUCAUUGUAGACUUGAGGCACAUGUUUAUUAUUGUAAUAAUGUUGCAUUGGAGAUGGUUUGAUCUUUCUUUCUCGGAUUAUUCCAUUUAAGUUAGUGACUGUUUUCUAUGUAGUCACGUAUUCAUGCAUAAUGGUGGUAACCGAGGUAUUUAUUUUAUUUUUAAUAUUUUACGGAAAUUAAAAACAAAUGUAAAGCUGGAACCGCUUUAUUAUACGUUCGGGUCUCCAAGUUGGAAGCGUGUUUGAAGUAGGUAAAGUCCUUUUCAUGAGCAUUUUUCAGUGCGUCACAGUUUUUCGAUUUCUUUCUAACGCAUUAAAUUGUAUGUAUGUGACAGAAAAAAAGGCACGUCUGUGAUUACAGACAUUUAUAACAUUUAUUCUAGUUAUUCUAGUUGUCGAUAGAUGGCGCUAUAAUCGAAGAAAAAAUUAUUUACGAAUUAUAUAAUAUAUCUACGAAUAUAAUCUGUACAGUUUAUAAGACUAUGCAAAUCAAAGAAAAUACCAUUUUAUAAAUGCAAUAAACACAAUUGAUUUGUUUUUAUGCCAAAUUGCAAAUAAAAUGUGACAACUGUCAGAUUGAACUAAAAUGUCAUGUUAGAAUAAAUGUCAUAAAUGUGUAUUAUCACGGACUUACCUUUUUUUCUAUCAUUGGUGACGCACUGAAAAAUGCUCAUGAAAAGGACUCUACACAGUUUAUACUGGGUCUCUCACCUUGGUGUCGGAACGUCAAAUUGGGUAGUCAUAAUUUUACAAGGCUUGCUUUCCAUAACCGAGAAAAUGGCUUCGACUGAAAGGUCUAAACGUCAAAUAAAGUUGUUCCAAUAUUCACAUUCUGGUUAAUUCCCAUAUAAGAAAAUAUCUUCUGAACAAUGUUCAGCUAUUUUACAUAAUAUAAUCCAUAUAUAUUAUGUUGAAAAAAAAAAUACUAUUCAACACAAUACAAUGGAAUAGAUUCACUUAAUCAUGUUUUUAUUAUUUAUGGAAAUAUAAAUAAUAUACAGGGUGAUUGAUUAGUAGGGUAAAGCUCAAUAGCUCCGCUAUAUAAUAGUUAAUAACAAAAAUUUUAGCCACCUUUGAGCUUCACAUUACAAAAUUAGUUAGAAUGUUACGAAUGUUCGAUAACACAGUGGCAGACCAAACUUAUGUUUUUUUAAAUGGAACACCCUAUAUUUUAUUUUAAAUUCGAAAUCCUGUUAACUUCUCCUUCACAAAAAUAUAAAGGUUUGUUAUGUUAUACUGGGUAUUUACAAAGUUAUAACUAAUUUUGUAUGAAAAUCGUAACAAGUUCAACUCCCUGUAUAAAUAAAAAUAAGCAAAACAACAAUGGUUUAUUAAUGCCAUAUUUUUUAACGUAUUGUCAAAAUUUUCAAGAAUGGUCGAUAUUGCUAAUUCUCUUUAUAUCAAAUACAGGGUGAGUCAAAACGCAAGUACAUUAUUUUCUCAGUAAUUUUAAAUGGAACACCCUGUAUUUUAUAUCACUAUUGAAACGUACUAUUACCGUACUUUAAUUUUUGUAUAACAUUCCCUAUGUCUAAAUUUAUUAGUUUUCGAGAUAUUUUAAUUUUUCAAUGGACCAGUAGCGUGGCCACCCAAAUCACCAGAAUUUAAUAAACUGGACUGAUUUUUUUGGGGUUACGUUAAUAAUGAAGUUUAUAAAAUACCUCCAACAACAAGGGAUGAGAUGAAAAAUAGAAUACAAAGUGUAUUUCGAUGUGUUAAUUUACAAAUGCUCCGUAGAGUAAGUAGCUCAUUUAAUGAUCGUUUUUAGGCGUACAUAAAUGUGUUAGGAGAUAAUUUUUAACACCUUAUGUAAUUAAAUAUUAAAAAUAUUUUAUUAAAAGUAGCUUCUAAUUUUUUCAAACAUGUUGUAUUUUGUGUGUGUGUUUUUUUGUAAAAUUUAUUACUAAUUUUCUUUGAUUAUUUGUUGCAUUUACAUAAAAAGAUAGUUUUUAAUUGUUUCAAAAAUGUUGCAUGUAGUAGUUGUGUUUUUGUUUGUAAAAUGUAUUACUAAUAAAUUAUUUUUAUUUCUUUAUUUGCUACAGUGUUACAUUGAUUACCGGAUUGAUAAUCGGUAAUCUUCAAUUGUCAAUUCAGUCAUGGCUUACUUAAAAUUUAGAUAAAUUUAAACACCUAAAAUAAUUUGCUCUGAAAAAUGAAAAUAUCUCGAAAACUAAUAAAUUUGGGCAUAGGGAAUGUUAUAUAAAAAUUAAAGUACGUUAAUGUUACUUUUCAAUAAUGAUAUAAAUACAGGGCGUUCCGUUUAACAUUACUGAGAAAAUAAUGUACUUGCGUUUUGACUCACCCUGUAUUUGAUAUAAAGAAAAUUAGCAAUAUCAAUAAUUAUUAAAAAUUUUGACAAUAAAUAAAAAACUAUGACAUUAAUAAACCAUUGCUGUUGUGCUUAUUUUUAUUUAUACAGGGAGUUCAACUUGUUACGAUUUUCAUACAAAAUUGUGUUAUCGAACACCCUGUAACAUUCUAACUAAUUUUUAAUGUGUGGCUAAAAUUUUUGUUAUUAACUUUUAUUGCUAUCUAUUACUAUAUAUAUAUAUAUAUGUAUAUAUAUAUAUAUAUAUAUAUAUAUAUAUAUAUAUAUAUAUAUAUAUAUAUAUAUAUUAAUCAGGAGCCACUUACACCAUCUAAUGGUGUGUGGCAGUCAGUAUACCAUCACUGGUAUACAAAUGUUCGCCAUUCUUUUUUAUUUUUUGCCAUUCGUCUUGCUUCAUUCCAAGUGGUUCCCCUUCUUACCAGCAGUUCCCCAACUGUUUUGUCCCAGGUCUUUUAGGUCUUCCUCUCCUUGCCUUCUUCCAUGUUUUGGCUUCCCAUACUCUUCUAACCUGUCGCUGAUCUUCCAUACGCUGCAUAUGUCCCCACCAACUUAGUUGUUUCUGUUCAAUAAAUGAGAUCAAGGGUUGGAUGUUUAACUCUUCCCGUAUUACAUUAUUUCUAAUUUUGUCGUGACUGCUCUCACUCUUCUCAGAUAUUUAAUUUCGGUGGCCUGUAAUUUACUUUUCUGCCUAUUUGUCAAUACCUACGAUUCGCAACCGAAAGUGAGGAUUGGUCUGAAUAUCGUCUUGUAUACAUUCAUCUUGGUUUUCCGUGAAAUUUUUCUUUUUCCUAUUAAACCCUUGUUCAUUAAAUAGUACGUUUUCAUAGCUUUUUCUAUUCUUGAAUUGUAUUCUAUUUCUUCAUCUCCUGAAUCCUCUAUCUUAGUGCUCAAAUACUCAAACAUGUCGACUUGUUCUAAUUUUCUUCCCUCAAUUGAAAUGCUCAUUUUUUGAUCGUCUCCUAUCUUCAUUACUUUGGUUUUGUAUUUGUUCAAAAUCAUUCCACAUCUUUUUAGUGUUUCAUUCCAGAUUUCCAUAUUACUUUGAAGGUCUUGUUCACUUUCUGCCACUACCAUCACAUCAUCCUCCGAAAUCCUCACCAUUUGUAAAUUUUUGUACCCUACUUUUAAUUUCUUCGCUUUGUUUGAACAGGCCCUGAUGAUUUCGUCCAUAAAUAUAUUGAAUAAUAGUGGACUGAGCCCUCCUCCUUGCUUCAGUCCUUCACUGGUUACAAAGAUAUCCGAGAUGUUUCUCCAAAUGACACUGUUCUUGUUGUUCUUAUACAAGCUCUUAAUCACAGUUAAUGUUUUGUCCUCUACACCUUUUUUCUUCAGUAUUUCCCACAAUUUAUCCCUCUUCACCUUAUCAAAGGCCUUCUCCAAAUCUAGAAAUGCCAGUGACGCUGUUUGGUUUUGUUGGUUAACUUUUUCUAUUAUUUGUUUCAGUGUGAAUACGUGGUCCUGGGUGCUUCUUAAUUUACGGAAUCCACUUUGUGCUUCAUGCAGCGAACUUUCAAUUUUCUUUGACAGUCGCCUCUCAAUUAUUUUUUCGAAGGCUUUCAUAGACGUGCAUAGUAAGGAGAUUCCUUUAUAAUUACUGCAACAUUUCUUGUCCCCUUUCUUGUAAAUGGGCAAAAUCAGCGCCAUUUCCCAAUCUUUCGGAAUCAUCUCUGUCUUCCAUAUUUCAUCAAAAAUCUCCAAGAGUACUACUUUUCCUUUAUCUCCCAUGUGCUUCAGCAUUUCAUUCGUUAUUUUAUCGAACCCAGGUGUUUUUCAUUUUUUUAGCCAUUUAAUAGCAUCCUCUAACUCUUCUAAUUUUAUCUUAUCUGUUUCUCCCUGUUGUAGUAUGUUUCCUACUUCCUCAUCCGCUGUAUCUGUAUGCGUUGCUUCCAGAAAUUCUUGAAAAUACUCUUUCCAUCUGCUCAUUAUUUCUUUGUUUUCGGUUAACACUUUCCCUUCUGAAUCUUUAAUAUAUGUAUUUGUUUCUUUUUUGUCCUGCCUGAAUGAUUUAAGGAUUUUAUAAAACAGUUUUUGGUUUUCUUUGCUAUUUUUUUCCAUUUUCUCUUCAAAUUCUGCCCAACUUACUUUUUUUGCCUCUGCAACUAGUUCCUUUGCUUUUUUCCUUUGUUUCUGGCACUCCUCGUAAUUAAUUUCGUUCCUAUUGGCCAAGUAUUUUUUCCAAGCGGUUUUCUUAUUUUUAAUACCAUUUUUGACAUUCUCUGUCCAUUAAGAUGUUUGUUUCUUGUUUUUGACGGUUCUAGAGGUUCCACAAGCUUCCCUUGCCGCUUCUAAAAUUGCUUCCUUGUAUAUAGCCCAGGAAUGCUCUACGUUUUUAUCUCUUCUUUCUAUUGAAGUAGUCCCUAAUUUUUGUUCGACUAAUUCUUUGAAUGUGUUAGCUACUCGUUUGUCAUUUAAUUUUCUUAUUGUUUCACAUUCAGUUUUUUGGAUACUCCUAUUCUUAUUCUCUAUUUUUCUUUCGUUUACGUCUCUUAUUUUAGAUAUUACCAUAAAAUGAUCACUACCAAUCUCUGGUCCCCUUCUAACUUUUGUGUCUAGAACAUUUUUCAUAUUUUCUCUAUCUACUAUGACGUAAUCGAUUACUGAUUUCUCGUUUCUUGUUGGUACCUCUCUUGUUUAAGUAUGUAUCUCUUUAUGUUUGAACCAGGAGUUUGUUAUAAUCAUAUUAUUUAUUGUGCAGAAGUCUAAAAGCUUUACUCCGUUGCUGUUGCACGCUUUUUCUCCGUGUGAUCCUAAUAUCUCCUUAUACCUAGGGUUCGCACAGCCUACUCUAGCAUUAAAAUCGCCAAGGAGAUAUACCAUCCCUCUCGCUCCUUCUCUGGUUUGUGUUAGCUGUUCUCAAUACUUUUCUUUGUUCACGAUUCUCUCGUCUUCGUUUGGUCCAUAAGUAACAAUAAAUGUAUUAAUUCUGUUAUCUCCGUUCCUUAUUUCAACUGACAUGAUUCUCUCGGAUAUUGCUUCCCAUUCAUAUAUGUUUUUUGCUAUUUUCUUGUGAAUAAUACAUCCAAUACCAGCAGCUGCCCUGAUGUUUUCUUGUACUCCACUAUAUAAUAAUAUGUGUUCGUCAUCUAAUGUUAUGCACCCUUUUCCCUUUUUCUUUGUUUCUGUUAUCCUUAGUACUUCCAUAUUUGCUUUUUCAAAUUCUAUUUCCAAUUCCUUUUCCUUACCAUUAAUACCUCUAACGUUCCAUGUCCCUAUUUUCCAAACUGUUUCAUUUUUUACCAUUGAUUUACUUAAAUUUUCCUUUUCUUCCAAUUGUAUCUUAUUCUGGCUAUUUAUCUUAUUUCUUUUCCCUUUCCAUUGCCUGGUCGUCAUCUUAUUUCCUUCCUUUUGUACCUCUAGUUUUUUUGAAAAAAUUGUUUCGUUAUUCCAUUUAAAAGUCUUCUCAUUAAUUGUGAUUUUCUGGUACCCAAUCCUUACAUUUUUGUUUAAACGCCUUUCUUCAUUUGCUUUUUCUGUAAGUAGUUUUUGUACUUUCCUCUCUUGUUUUGUUAGGUCAUUUUUUAUGUAAACAGGACUACCUGAAAUUUCUUUUAAUUUGUAUUUGUUUCGUAUUAUUUCUGUAUUCUUUUCAUAUUUUGAUAUUUCUGCGAUGCACAUAUUUUCGUUUAUCUUCGUUACCUUCGUGAUGUUUGUUUCGAUUUUUAAUGUGUCCUUGUUAAAAGUUUCAAUUCCCUCUUUUUGAUUUUCUUUAUUCUCUUCCAUUUUAAGUCCGCUUAUCACUAUGUUAUUUCUCUUGCUGUUUUUCUCUAGCUGUUCCAUCGCUUCAUUGGCUUUUUCUAAACUCGUUACUCUCUUAUUUAGUUCUUGAAUUUCUUCCUUCAUUGUUUUAUUUUCUUCUUUGAGUAUUUUCAUCAUUUCCCGGUAUUCACUGAAAAGCUUUCGCAUUUCCUUGAUAUUCUCUUUAAAACCUGCCAUAAUCUCUGUCAAAUACUCUUUAAUUUCCUCCAUUACUAAUUUGCUUUGAAUUUAAUAUAAAAUUAGUUGGAAAUAACUGGAAAAUAAUUUGAUGGAAAAUAUUUAUAAUUAUGUAUAUUUUUUUUUAUUACUAUUAUUAACUCUUUGGGGUCACCACGGUAAGAAAUCACCCCGGAUCGACUCCGCGGAGGGUUUAUUCUUCUUGGUUGCACCCUAUAUAUCUCAAUCUAUUUUUUACCCUCUAACUUAGUCUAUCUAUCUUAAUCUUACCUUUUCUGUAAUUGCUAUUUUCUUUUAUCUUAGUAUAACUAUUCACUCCACUUUUAAUGUUCCACUAUUUGCUAAAUUUUAUCUAUUUAAGUACCACACUGUUUUUAAAUUUUUAACACUUUCAAUUAUCUUAGUAAAUAAAUAAAUCCGAAAACCUAAUUACCGAUAUUUAGUUUUUGUCUGCUAUACCGUGAUAAGGCUCGAUCAACAAGUUUGUUAUCGCCGAUACACACAGACAACCUUCUUCACUGCUCUCCAAAACUCAACAUAUAAAUAAUAUAAGAGAUCUUAAAAAUAUAAAUUUUCUUAGAACAUCUUAGAAUGUCAGUAUUUAAAUACAUGUACUUAAUUUAGUUACGUAAUUUGAAAAUUAUAAAAUUAUAUUAAUUUUUAUAUUUAAAUUGUACAAUUGGUACAAGUGUUCAUUAGGACCUAUAUAUUGUUUCACAAAAGACAACAUGAUAGUUAUAUAUGUGGAUUUCAGAUAGAUACAUAUUUUUAUAUUAUUUGUAUAAUAGAUAAUGAAUGUGUGUAAAAUUGAAAACAAAAUAAAUAUGAUAAUAACAAA